AUGGGUUUCUGGGAUACCAUCACAGACCUCGCUGAGGCUGCCAUGCCGUGGGCCACCGCCGAGGCCGAGGCUCCUGCCGCCGAGGAGAAGGAGGAGGAGACCCCCACCGAGGAGGAACCCAAGGAGGAAUCCAAGGAGGAGCCCGAGGCCGAGGCCGAGGCCGAGGAGGAGGAAGAAGAGGAAGAGGAGGAGGAGGAGGAGGAGGACGAAGAGGAGGUCGUUGACCCCAAGGAGCAGCUCGAGAAAGAGUGCGAGGAGUCCAAGGCCUGCGCACCGGCCAAGCACCACUAUGAUGAGUGCGUUGAGCGUGUUACGGCGGCCGCCGAUAGCGAGGACGGCGCCAAGGAGGACUGCGUUGAGGAGUUCUUCCACCUCGCCCACUGCGCCACCCAGUGCGCCGCCCCCAAGCUCUGGGCCAAGCUCAAGUAA